UGUCAACACCAUGAGAUCUCUUUGCAUUAUUCUUCUGAUUGCCCUAAGCUGCCUGGCUCUGGCUGAGGGACAAUGCCCUAGGAGCUGUGCCGCCAUCUUUCGUCCUGUUUGUGCCUCUUGGACACGUCGUGGCAUAACCGACGUCUGCACUUUCCCCAAUCGAUGCAGCCUGCUGAAUCAGAUUUGCCAGCGCAAUCAGAAUUGGAUUCAAAGGACUGAAACAAAAUGCAGAGUCGAAACCAGAGACUGCAUUGUUAUACGCCAGUAAAGGGAUUUUAAUGUUAUUUGCCCAAGCCCCAAGUAAAUAAAAUUUCAUAUUAAUCACAAGAGCAGGAAAUUAACAGAAGACUUGCACACUUUUUUACCAUUGCACGGUCAUAAUUUCCAGUCACAGCUUACAUGAUUUGCAGCUCGGUGCUUUUUGGGCCUUAAGUGGCUUAAAUGCUUAUUAAAACUCGUGACCGGCGUGCCACUUUCAUUUCA